AUGCCUCGUAAGCCAUGGAAACUUACAUACUUUAAUGGCCGCGGAAGGGCAGAAAGUAUCCGGAUUGUCCUCACCGAAGCUGGGAUUCCUUUCGAGGACAUCCGAGUCUCCAAAAAAGAAUGGACAGCAAUGAAAGACUCCACACCUACACAUACCCUUCCUAUCCUGGAAAUCGACAACGGGAUUGUUCUUAGCCAGUCAACGGCCAUCCUCAUAUUUCUCGGUUCACAGUUAAAUAUGUACAGUAAAGAUAUCAUGGAAAUGUACAGAAUUGACCUAAUCAUGAACAUGAUGGAUGAUCUGAUCGAUAAGGUACUAGUUCCAGCACUGACCGAAAAGGAUCCUAAUUUAAAGGCCGAAAAGACAAAAGCUGUAGAGAAGGAGAAUUUACCGGGUUAUAUGAAAACGCUUUCCAGAGAACUAGAAGCAGGUGGAAACGGAUAUUUCGUUGGAACAAAGCUUACUAUAGCCGAUGUUAAAGUUUUCACUGUUUUAGAAAACAUGGCAGGCGCUUUUCCAGAAACUAUAGCCAAAUGGAAGGACAUCAAAGGAUUCAUGGAGAGGAUAGCAUCACGACCGAAGAUAGCAGCUUGGAUAAAAGGACGACCAAAAUCGUGGUUCUAG